AUGGCCUCAACAAACAAUCAGCUUCCUUUGCAAUACCUUCGUCUUACUAAAGAAAAUUAUGGCAAUUGGGCUGCUAGAAUGAAAGCCUUACUCGGCACCUAUAGUGUGUGGGAAGUUGUCAACACUGGCUAUGAUGAGCCAGAGGACGACGCCGUGUUGAAUCAAAACCAGACGAAUGCCUUAGAGAAAGUUCGAUCAAAAGAUCAAUAUGCCCUGUCAAUCAUCUAUCAAGCUUUAGAUGAUUCGAUGUUCGAGAAGGUGUCGAAUGGUUCUACUUCUAAGGAAGCAUGGGAGAUUCUUUGCAACACACACCAAGGAGUUAAAAAAGUUCAGAAGAUUCGCCUUCAAACUUUGAGAGGUGAAUUCGAGACAAUCCGUAUGAAAGAAUCUGAAUUGAUUGCCGAUUAUUUCACAAGAGUGUUGGCAAUUGUCAACCAAAUGAAAAGAAAUGGAGCAGAUGUUGAAGAUGUUCGUGUUGUCGAGGAGAUUCUUCGAUCCUUAGACAAAAAGUACGACUAUAUUGGCGUUGCGAUUGAAGAGUCCAAAGACCUUGAUGCCAUGAUGAUCGAUGAGCUCAUGGGUUCAUUGCAAGCCCAUGAAGAAAGAUUUAAAAGAAACAAGAAUGAGCCAGUGGAGGAAGUACUCCAAACUCGAUUAACCAUUCAAGAUGAUAAGGAGCAAAGUAGAGAUCCCAUGGAAACUCGUGGGACUCAUCAAGAUCGAGGUCGAGGGCGAGGUCGCUUUCAAGGAAGAGGUCGUGGAUGA